CUCCUACCAUACCUACCGAUAUAAUCGCAAGCCACAGCAUCCUCCAUAAGUCUACGGAGUGCUCUUUCUUCACUGCCCAACCUUUUCUCUUCUGCUCCAAUUCGUUAAAUCUGGUUCUUCGCAAGACUUCUGACUUCUGUUUCGCCCGUUCAAUUCUACCUUCUUCGACCUUGCUCUUUUCUUGUUCUCGACAGACGUCUAUUUCCAACUUUCUCCAAUCCAAUCUUGCAAUGUCCGAGACGCCUGUCCAACCAACCCUCGCACAGGAUGGGUCUAUAUCUGCUUCAACGCCAGGUCCAGCAGAAUUGACUGCCACGACUGGUCCAUCCGACUCUUCGAUUCCCGAACCCGCUCCCACCGACGCCCUUAUGACCGAUGCCCCCCCUGCCUCUGAACAAGCGCCCUCUCCCGCAGUGGUAGCCCAACCCGCGGCGUCCAACGCCCCUAGUCCGGCGCCAGGCCGCACUGGCACGCCCAUGCGAAACAAUGGCACCCAGGAGCCCAACAGCUCGCGAGCUGGUUCUGCCCACCCUGACGCGGCCGUCAACGUUCCCGACAACGCAGCACUCCAUGGCGACCCCGUGCGCAGGUACCUGAAUACCAAGGUCACGGGUGUCCUGUUGGAGGGCAUGAAGCAGAUUGCCAAGGAACAACCCAAAGACCCCCUUCGGAAGCUUGGCGAAUUCCUUAUUCAACGAUCCAAGGAGUUGGAAGGCACUGAGUAA